UAUGGUUAAAUAAGUAGCAUGCGGAGAAGAUCAUACAUUAAUUUUAGAUGAAGGUGGUUUAUUAUAUGCAGUAGGUUCACCAGUUGAUGGUAAAUUAGGAUUGGGACCUAAAAAUUCAGUUGUUUUAUAAACAUAGAAAGUUCCAUUUAUUUAAGAUGUUGCAAAAGUAGGUGUUGGUCCACAUCAUUCAAUGGCUUUAGUAGUUGAUAAAAAGUAUAAUGAAAGAGUGAUUAAAACUAAAGCUAACUAAAAAAAUUAAGAGGACAACACUUAAAAAUAUGUAAUAUAUACUUGGGGAAAUGGGUAUGGAGGAAAAUUGGGACAUGGAAAUUUAGAUAAUUAAUAUUAUCCUAAACUAUUAUAAACUAAAUAUUCAUUUAAAGAUGUUUCAGCAGGAACAAAUCAUACUGGAGCAUUAACUAUUGAUGAUUAAAUUGUUGUUUGGGGUGUUGGUUCUUAUUUAGGAAUAGCUAAACCAGAAGAUGAUACUGAUGAUAAAUAACAUUUAAAAUCUGAUAAAGAUUAAGACGCAGAACCUUACUAUAUAGUAUCUCCAAUUAAACACAAUGAUUUAGCUACUAGAAAAUAUAAGAGUCUUUGUUUAGGAGAUCGUUAUAAUAUGGCUAUAAGUAAAUAGAAUAAAGCUUAUAUUUGGGGAUUGUUUGAUUAAGAUUUCUAAGAAAAACUAAAAAAUCAAUGCGCUAAUGCUGCUCAAAGAGAAAAAUAUGUUGAAGUUCUUAUGACCAAUAUUGUAAAUACUCCUUUAAGUGACAUUUAAUUUACUACAGUUAGUUGUAGUUUUAAUCAUGCUGUUGCUUUGACUGAAAAUUCAGAGAAAAAAGAAUUAUUCUCAUGGGGUUGUGAUGGAAUGACUGGUAGAUUAGGUUUAGGAUAUGAAUUUAUAAAUCCAGACAAAGAAAAUGAAAUGUAAUUGCAGAAUAAACAUUAAUAGUAAGUUAAAAAAAUAAAUAUUUCAACAUUGAAAACUAUCUUUGUCAAACCUGAACCUCUUUUAUUUAUUAAUCAGUAUCUUGACUAUAAUUUUAAAUUAUAUCAAUUAAUGCAAUUAUAGGCAGAAAAAGCUGAUGAAGAUGAAGAUGAAUUUGAAGAAGAAUUUAAAAGAAAAGAUCAAAAAAAAACAGGUAUGAAUGCUGAUGGGAUUUAAUUAAAUAUUUAAAAAAAAUCAAAACGUCCUUUAAGUAAAAGAGUCUUUAUUGGUGCUUCUUUAGGAAUGGUUGAAGAAGGUAAAUUGAUUUAUAAAUAAUCUUGGGAUUAAUUUAUUAAUGAAUCAAAACCUGAUAUUUAUAGAUGUUCAUAUGUUGACAAAGGAGAUAAUCCAGAACGUAUUGUACAUUCUAAAAGAGUUAAUUUUUUUGAAGAAAAACCUGUUGAUGAUGUCUAUGAGGCAAUUUUAGAAUUAGAUUAGGAGAACUAGAGACUCUAUUAAGAAAUCAAAGAUGUUCAUCUCGAAGAAUUUAGGAAGUUUAAGGAUGAAGCUAUGUUGACUAUCAUUAAUAAAAUUUAACGCAAACCAUUUGAUAUAUAAUUCAAAAAUGAUGAGAAAGACAAAGAAAAAAAAAAAGAAAAGAAACCAAAAAAACAUGAGACUUAUUAUACAUGUUCAUUAUGUUAUAAAAUAAUGUUUACUAUGCUUUAAUUACAUCCUUGUUACUUUAUAAAUAUCUUUAAAUAUGGAGGAAUAAGCAAAAAAAACUUUAUUGAUUUAGUUAUGGAUACUUUUGGAGAUAUUUCUAAUGAUAAAAGAAAGUAUAGAAUAUUAAUCAAUCUUUUGAUUCAAAUACUUCGUAUAGAAUUGUAAAGUUUAACCAGUAAAAAGUUAAUCUUUAAUUAAAAAGAAACAAGUGAACCAUCUUUAUAUGCUUUUACUAAUUUAUUUAUUUCAUUUUAAGGUUAAUUUGGUUAAUGUAUAACAACUAAUCUAAAAUUAAUAGAAACAUCUAUAAAAACUAUAGAAAAUAAAUUAACAAGUGGCAUAGCCAAGAACUUAAAACCUGUUGCUUUAGUUUUUAGUUAGAAUCAUCUUUAAAAUCCUGGAUGUGAUGUAUUACUUCCUAGAUUUGAUGGUCCUUAAGAAAAUAAGUUUUUUUAAGAAAGAGUAGAGUUUAUAAAAGGAUUUUGGGAUGAAUUUGCUCCAAAAUUAACAACUUUUUUGCCUUAAGAUAUACCAGGACCAUAUGAUAUACCAGUAGCAGUAAGAGAAUUAUUUUUAAAAACUUAUGAAGUAGUUAAGCCUUUUUUUUAAAAAAAUAAUUAACAAGUAGAACAAAUAUAAUGUAGAAUGCUUGGCUUAUAUUAUUAAAAUUAUCAGAACAUGUUUGUAGAAUCAUCAUAGAAAUUAGAAUAAGAGAAAACAAUAGAUUAGAAAGCAGAAUCAAAUUUUUUGAAUAUAAAAUGUUUUUUAGAAAUGUUUGAAUAAUUUAUAAAUGAAAAAGAAGAAGAACCUGAGAAUGCACCUUUAUGGUAAAAUAUCAUAGAAAUAUUUGUUAAUCAUGCUCCAAGAAGAACAACAGCAUUUAAUGCAAUAGCAUAUGGAGCUAGUACAACAAAUGGAGUAUAAUCAAAUAAAUUAUAAGAGAAGAUUUAGAGUGCUAGUAAAUAUAUAUCAAAAAAUGAAGUCAAUAAAAUAAAAGAUAUAUAUUUUCAUGCUAUAGAUUAUAAUGAUGAUAUAAUAAUACCAAGAGUAAAGUCAAUUUAUUGGGCUACUAAAUGCAUUGUAGAAAAUAUAUAAAAAAUAAAAUAUGUUUCAGCAGAAAAUUAAGAUUUAAUGGAAUAGUUUGCAAAAAACAUAAAAAUGUAACCAAUUAGUUAUUUAACAGAAACAGAACCAGAUGAAAAUUCUGGAUAAGAAAGGAUAUAAGUUAAACUAAAAACAAGAUAAUUAUAUUACACAACAAUGUCUUUAUCAUUAAGACAUUGUCAUGAUUGUGGAUGUUAUGCUAUUGAAUCUUUUUUAAAAACAGAAGAUUAACCACCUUUUCAUAGAUUUGAUUAAUGGAAUCCUGUAAGUUUAUCUGCCUUAUUGAUUAGAAUUGUUUCUUGUUUUAAAAAUAAGAAAGAUUUUGAUGAUUUCUUAGGAGGUUCAAAUGAUGUAGCAGGAAUAUUGAAAAAGAAGGCAACAAUAUAAAAAGAAUAAGGAUUUUUUGGUAAUAUUAUUAAAUUGAAAGAAUUUGAGAAGGCAUUUUAUGAGAAAGUUUAAUUUAAUAUAGAAUAAUCAGAUGAAGUUCUUGAAGAUUAGAAAUUAGCAAAAACAAAAGAAAGUAAGAAAGUUUUAAGAGAGUUAAGAUUAUCUAUUUAAGAUAGAUUGAUAUCAGUUUAUAAAUAUUUAUAUAAUAUGGAGAAGAAUAUGGCUGCUUUAGAUACAAUAAAUUUUGAAUUAUAAGAGAGAAUAAAAAAGUUUAGGACAGAGAAGAUAGGAUUACACAAUAGAAUAAUAUCUAAUUGUUAUUUUGGAAUGGCAAAUAAAGAAUUAAUAAAAUCAUUGUCAAGUAACCCAGUUGCAAUGGUUGGAUAAAUUAAGGAUGCAAUAAAGUAAGUAAGUACUUCAAUAGAAAUUUAUGAAAAUAUAGAUGUUUUUAAGAAGAGUGCAGAUUAACCUAGUUAUUUGAGUAUUUUUGGUAGUUAUUCAUAUAACAUUCUUUAAUCUCGAGAUAUAAUUGACUCAAUAAAGACUUCAGCAUAUGAUGAUAUAAAAAGACAUACAAAAUAAUAGUAAAAAUAAAAAUAUAAGAUUUUAGAGUGACUCCAAAUGUUAUAAACAACAGAUUAGUCUUUUCAUUUUAGAAGGAUACAAAUUCUAAUAGUUUAGAGAUAGUGAUAAUAUAUUCAGAGGUGGAAUUUGAUUGGAAGUAAACAGUUAGUUGNCCAAGAGUAAAGUCAAUUUAUUGGGCUACUAAAUGCAUUGUAGAAAAUAUAUAAAAAAUAAAAUAUGUUUCAGCAGAAAAUUAAGAUUUAAUGGAAUAGUUUGCAAAAAACAUAAAAAUGUAACCAAUUAGUUAUUUAACAGAAACAGAACCAGAUGAAAAUUCUGGAUAAGAAAGGAUAUAAGUUAAACUAAAAACAAGAUAAUUAUAUUACACAACAAUGUCUUUAUCAUUAAGACAUUGUCAUGAUUGUGGAUGUUAUGCUAUUGAAUCUUUUUUAAAAACAGAAGAUUAACCACCUUUUCAUAGAUUUGAUUAAUGGAAUCCUGUAAGUUUAUCUGCCUUAUUGAUUAGAAUUGUUUCUUGUUUUAAAAAUAAGAAAGAUUUUGAUGAUUUCUUAGGAGGUUCAAAUGAUGUAGCAGGAAUAUUGAAAAAGAAGGCAACAAUAUAAAAAGAAUAAGGAUUUUUUGGUAAUAUUAUUAAAUUGAAAGAAUUUGAGAAGGCAUUUUAUGAGAAAGUUUAAUUUAAUAUAGAAUAAUCAGAUGAAGUUCUUGAAGAUUAGAAAUUAGCAAAAACAAAAGAAAGUAAGAAAGUUUUAAGAGAGUUAAGAUUAUCUAUUUAAGAUAGAUUGAUAUCAGUUUAUAAAUAUUUAUAUAAUAUGGAGAAGAAUAUGGCUGCUUUAGAUACAAUAAAUUUUGAAUUAUAAGAGAGAAUAAAAAAGUUUAGGACAGAGAAGAUAGGAUUACACAAUAGAAUAAUAUCUAAUUGUUAUUUUGGAAUGGCAAAUAAAGAAUUAAUAAAAUCAUUGUCAAGUAACCCAGUUGCAAUGGUUGGAUAAAUUAAGGAUGCAAUAAAGUAAGUAAGUACUUCAAUAGAAAUUUAUGAAAAUAUAGAUGUUUUUAAGAAGAGUGCAGAUUAACCUAGUUAUUUGAGUAUUUUUGGUAGUUAUUCAUAUAACAUUCUUUAAUCUCGAGAUAUAAUUGACUCAAUAAAGACUUCAGCAUAUGAUGAUAUAAAAAGACAUACAAAAUAAUAGUAAAAAUAAAAAUAUAAGAUUUUAGAGUGACUCCAAAUGUUAUAAACAACAGAUUAGUCUUUUCAUUUUAGAAGGAUACAAAUUCUAAUAGUUUAGAGAUAGUGAUAAUAUAUUCAGAGGUGGAAUUUGAUUGGAAGUAAACAGUUAGUUGUGGUCUUAUUUAACCAGUAUAAAUUUAUAAAAUAAAUAUUAGAGUAUAGAGCCAAUAGAAAUUAUAAUAGAUUAAUUUAUUAUAGAAACAACAACAAUUUUACAGAUAAGAAAAGACAUAGCCUUAGGAAUAGAUAUUAAGAAAGCUUAGCCUUUGGGUAGAUAUUGUAAAUUUAAGAAGAAGGGUUUGAUGUAAUUAUUAGAUGAAUUAACAAAUCAUGCUGUUAUAUAUGAUCAUUUAUAUGUUGAACCAGAGAAGAAGGAUUAACACCAUAAUAAACAAUAAUAAAAAUGA